AUGGCUGAUUCACCGGGUCCGGACCCACAGGAUGAGGGAGAAGAUGUGGACGAUGGCGACUUCCCCUUCUUGAAAGCCGACCAUCCGGCUUACAAGCGGCUCCAAGAAGCCUGGCGAAAGCAGCUGACCGGUCAUAAUGACCGGGUCACCCUCCAGCUGCGAGAAAAGCAGGAGGAGAUUAAAAAGCUUGUGAAGCACCGGGAGGACAUAGGUGUGACUCUCUAUGGUGCCCAGCAACAACUUGCCAAAUUGCAGCUGCAGCUAGAGCAGCUGCAUGACAAGUAUGCCAUGGUGCAGGGGCAGCGCCUGGAGGACGAUGAGAAGCUGAAAAAUGUCACGUCCGACUGGGAAGGCAAGAAGGUCGAAGUAGAGGAGGCCACGCGAAGGCUGGCCAAGUCGCAGGACGAGCUGAACCAGCUGAACAUCACAGUUAGGCAGGUUCAGGAGUACAACGAGCAGAUGAAGGCCGAGAUCCAGGUCACCCGCCGGGCCACUUACAAGGCGGAGGACCACAUAAAGCAGAUCGAGGAGAUGAAGAGCAAGCAGGACUUGCUGAUCGACUCGAUGAACGAAGACAUCAAGCGGCUGACUGAGCGGAAGGCCUUGCUCGAUGCCCAGAUCUCGGCACAGCGCCAGGAGACGGAGGCCGCAAUGGCGACACUCCGAGAGGCCAGCCGGGAGAUGGAAGCCAUCGAGUUCGAGAAGAAGCAGCUCAUGAUGCAGUGGAGGUCCUCCUUGGUCGGCAUGCAGCGCAGAGAUGAAGCGCUGCAAAACGUGCAAAAAGCACUCGAGGAGCAAAGCGAGGCAGAGCUUGCCAUCGAGAACGAGAUUCGGGGCCUGCACUCCUCAAUCCGAACGGAGCAGGAAAGGCACGAGCAGCUUUGUGCCCUUAGAGAUCGGAAUGACAAGGAGAUGCAGUACCUGCAGUCCCAGAUGACGAGUCUCAAGCAAGAGCGAGAAAAACUCAUGGACCAGUACUCCACCCUCAACAAGAGCAUGGAUCAGCAUCUCGAAGAGACGCAGAAGCUCAAAGCUGGAAUCACCGAGCAGACUAGAUCCAUGGAAGUGCUCGAGCGGAACAUGCAGAAUGUCUCCCGCGAGAUUACCGCCAUGGUUGGAAAGAUUGAGGAGGAGGAGAGCGAACAGACCACGUGUGAGCGUGUCACGGCCAACAGCCGGAAGAGGAUGAAGAAGAUUCGAGAAGAGAUAGCUGCCAAAGAGGUCGAGACACAGAACCUCCUUAAUGAGAUCGCACGUGUGACCGUGGACAGCUUAAAUACCAAAGCCCACAACCAGAUGUUGAAAGAUCGACACAAGCAGCUGAGUGACGAGUUGGCAGACAGAGAAAAGCUCAUCGAGCAGUAUGAGCAAGAAAUCCGCAAGCGGCAUCACCAGAUCGAAAAGAAGCAGUUGUUCGUCGAUCGCCUUAACAGGGAGUACGACGAGAAGAGGACGAAGCUGGAGGCAGAGCUCGGAAAUGAUGAGGAUGUGGCUGGGCCCCAGGAAGCAAAGCUGAAGCACAUGCGAAAAGCCAUAAACGAGCUCACAAAGGAAUGUUCAGAAAUGCAGAAGGACUGGAUCCAGAAGCAGACUCAGCUCUUGUCCAUUUCCAGCGAGACGGACAAGCUCAAGGCCACGCUGAAUGAGAACAAGAAUAAGAAAAUGGUCUUGGAACAGAAGAAGCUCAGAAUAGAGGGCCAGCUCUCCAGCCACGAGAAGGAGAUCAAAGAGCUGGAGAACAACAUGAAGCAUCUGCGUUUCGACAUGGAUCGCAUGAACAGCGCGCUGGUGAAGAAUGAAGCACGAUCUGGUGAGAUCUCAAACACGAAUCAGAUGAUGGAGACCGAAUUUGUUCAGAAGCUUAAGGAGAUCGAGAACAGGUGUCUGGACAUGGAGCGAGACGUCGAGAAGCUGAAGCUGGAGAAGGACCAGAUGAACCAGGAUAUCCUGGAAUCUGAGCGUCAGGUCCUUCUCUGGGAGCGCAAAAUCACGCUCGAGAGGGAGAUGCAGGCAGCACUGGAUCCCAACGUUGGCCAGUCGGACGCUGCGGCCAUGAAGAAGGAGAUCCAUCGCAUGGAGCUGCGACUUGAGCAGUUGAAGCGGCGGCAGGACCAGGGACCAUACUUCUGGCUUGGUCAGAUGUUUGCGUGUGGGAGCUUACUUAUUCCUGGGUUGCAGGGGUGUUUUGUAGGAUCUGCGGAAUGCUACGUUGACAGGGACAGCACCUUGGGAUCAAACGCCGGUUUUCAAGAGGCCUGCAGAUAA